AUGCUGGUCGGGCCCGUCGGCACGGGCAAGAGUUCGCUAGCCGUCAGCGUGAUGUCCCAGCUGGACGUCAAGAAGUUCACAGUGCUCCCGGUCAACAUGUCGGCACAGACAACGUCCAACAACGUACAGGCCAUCAUCGAGAGCCGCAUGGAGAAACGCACCAAGAACGUCUACGUGCCGCAGGGAGGGAAGCGCCUGCUGGUGUUCCUGGACGACCUGAACAUGCCGGCCAAGGACACGUACGGCUCGCAGCCGCCGCUCGAGCUGCUCAGACAGUGGAUGCAGUACGGCUUCUGGUACGACCGCACCAAGCAGUCGUCCCUCUACAUGCAGGACGUGUUGCUGGUGGGCGCCAUGGGUCCACCCGGCGGUGGCCGCUCCUUCAUCUCUCAGCGGCUGCAGGCUAAGUUCAACCUGGUUAACAUGACCUUCCCGCAAGAGUCCCAAAUCAUCCGCAUCUUUGGUACCCUCAUCACUCAGAAGCUGUCUAAUUUCUCCGAGGACGUCAAACCGCUGGGCGAUCUGGUAACGGCGGCCAGCAUCGAGAUGUACCAGGCGGUCAGCGCGAACAUGCUGCCCACGCCCGCUAAAAUACACUACGUCUUCAACUUACGGGACAUAUCCAAGGUGUUCCAGGGACUGCUCCGCUCCAACCGCGACUACUGCGACACCAAAAACGCGUUUGUCCGCCUCUGGAUCCACGAGUGCCUCAGAGUGUUCGCAGACCGUCUCGUCGACUCGAAAGACAUGGAGUGGUUCAUGGGACUGAUGGGUGAGAAGCUAGGCUUGCACUUCGAUCAGACCUUCCACGCCCUGUGCCCCAGCAAGCAACCGCCAAUAUUCGGCGAUUUCAUGAACGCCAAUGAGACUUAUGAGGACAUCGUGGACAUGGAGUCUCUGAAGACCUACAUGGAGGCGCAGCUGCAAGAGUACAACAGCACAGCCGGCGUUGUACCCAUGAGCCUUGUGCUUUUCCACGACGCCAUCAGCCACGUGUGCCGCAUGGUGCGCGUGCUCAGACUGCCGCGAGGAAACAUGCUGGUCAUCGGUAUAGGCGGCAGCGGCCGCCAGUCGCUGGCUCGGCUGGCCGCCUACGUGUGCGGACUCUCCGUCUUCGUGAUCGAAGUGAAUAAGCACUACCAUAGGGUGGAGUUCCGGGAAGAUCUGAAGGUGCUGUACCGCACCACCGGUCUGGACAACAAGCCCACCGUUUUCAUCUUCAAUGACGCCCAAGUGACCGAGGAAACAUUUCUGGAGGACAUCAACAACAUAUUGAGUAGUGGUGAAGUGCCCAACCUUUUCAAGCCCGAGGAGCUGGAGGAGAUCCGCAAUACACUGCAGCCCGUGGCUAUCCGAGAGGGCAUCCCAGAGACCCCCGAAAACCUGUACGGCCUGCUGCUGGACCGGGUCAGGUCCAACCUGCACCUCUGUGUCUGCAUGAGUCCCGUGGGCGAUGCUUUCAGAAACCGCAUCCGCAUGUACCCUGGGCUGGUGAACUGUUCGACGAUUGACUGGUUCGGCGAGUGGCCGCUAGAGGCGCUGAUGGAGGUGGCCGAAAGAUACCUGGAGGGCAUCGAUCUGAACCUUGGCGCUGACACUGAGCUGCUCAAGGAAGAGCUGCAGGCGGCCGUAGCGCACACCUUCUCCGUCAUCCACCGGUCCGUGACGGACUACUCGGCCCGUAUGCUGGCCGAGAUACGACGCCACAACUACGUCACAUCCACUAGUUACCUGCAGCUGGUGGCCGGCUACAAACAGCUGCUGGCAGAGAAGAGGAAGGAGCUGGGGGAUGCGGCUAACAAGCUAAGGAACGGCCUACACAAGAUCGAUGAGACAAGCGUCAAGGUCGAGUCUAUGUCCGUCGAGCUGGAGAUCGCAAAGGGCAAAGUGGCUGAGUUCCAGCAGCAGUGCGAGGAGUACCUGGUGGUUAUCGUGCAGCAGACCAGAGAGGCGGACGAGCAGCAGCGAUCCGUACAGCUCAGAUCCCAAAAGAUUGCGGAGGAGGAGGAACAGUGCAAGGCGAUGGCCGAGGUGGCGUUGGCGGAGCUACAGGAAGUGCUGCCCGUGCUGGAAGAGGCUGUCCGGGCGCUAGACGCUCUUUCAAAGCGGGAUCUGAACGAGAUCAAGUCGUACGCGCGGCCGCCGCCGCUGGUGGAGAAGGUGAUGGAAGCCGUGAUGCUGCUCAAGUGUGUGGAGCCCACCUGGGCGGAGGCAAAGCGCCAGCUGGGAGACCCGAACUUCAUCACCCAGCUGCGCGACUUCGAUAAGGAUCAUAUUAGCGACAAGACGCUCAAGAAGGUGGGCGGUUACGUAGCGCAGGCCGACUUCGAUCCGGACAUGGUGGGCAAGCAGUCGCUGGCCGCCAAGUCGCUGUGUCUCUGGGUGCGCGCCAUCGAGUCUUACGGCCGCGUCUAUAGGGUGGUGGAGCCCAAGAAGAUGCGGCUGUUGUCGGCUGAGCGUAUCUUGGCCGAGAAGCAGAAAAACCUUGCUGACGCCAAGGCGAAGCUGCAGGAGCUCAGCGAGAAGCUGGCCAAACUGCAAACAGAGUACAACGAAAAGCUUGCCCAGAAGGAAGAACUAAGAAUUAAGGCUGAAGGUCUGGAGCUGAAGCUGGAUCGCGCGGCGAAAAUCGUGUCCGGUCUAGCCGGCGAGAAGGUCCGCUGGACGCAGACUGUGAAGGAUCUGGAUGAGAGCUUCGGUUUCUUGGUGGGCGACUGCCUCAUCGCGGCCGCUUUCGUCUCCUACAUGGGGCCGUUCACCUCCAAUUACCGUGACGAAAUCAUCUCCAACAUCUGGCUACCCGAGGUGCGCGGUAAGCUGGUGCCCUGCUCGCCUACCUUCGAGCUGCGCGAGUUUCUGGCCAAGCCGACCGUCGUGCGCGACUGGAACGUGCAGGGCCUGCCGUCCAACCCCUACAGCGUGGAGAACGGCAUCAUCGUCACGCGCGGCCAGCGCUGGCCGCUGCUCAUCGACCCGCAGGGCCAGGGCCUGCGCUGGAUCAGGAGCAUGGAGGCGAAACAUGACCUGAAAACAAUUGACCUCCAGCAGAGCAACUACUUGUCUGUCCUGGAGCGCAGUAUCACCUUCGGCUUUCCAGUGCUGCUGCAGAACGUGCAGGAGACGCUGGACGCCUCACUCAACCCCAUUCUUACCAAGUCCGUCAUCAAGCAGGGCGAUCGUCUGUUUACGAAGCUCGGCGAUAAGGAGGUGGAAUACAAUCCGCAGUUCCGGUUCUACAUCAGCACAAAACUCUCCAAUCCACACUACCCGCCGGAGAUCGCCACCAAGACCACCAUCAUCAACUUCACCGUCAAAGAGGACGGCCUGGAGCAGCAGCUGCUGGGCAUCGUGGUGAGGAAGGAGCGGCCGGAGCUGGAGGAGCAGAAGGAUACACUGGUCACCAACAUCGCCGCCGGCAAGGUCAAACUGAUUGAGCUGGAAGACGAGGUGCUCAGACUUCUGAAGACAGAAGGCUCACUCCUGGAGGAUGAAGCGCUAGUGGUGACGCUGCAGUCCUGCAAGACCACGUCGGCAGACGUCAUCGAACAGCUGGAGACGGCCGAGGAGACCGAAAUCAAGAUUGAUUCCGCUCGAGAGGCGUACCGGCCGUGUGCGCGACGCGCCUCCAUAUUGUUCUUCGUGCUGACUGACCUGGGCAAGAUUGACCCGAUGUAUCAGUUCUCACUGGAUUCGUACGUCGACCUGUUUACACACUCCAUCGACAAGUCGCAGCGGAGCCCCAAAUUAGAGAACCGCAUCCAGAACAUGAAUGACUUCCACACCUAUGGCGUUUACAAAUACGCCUGUCGUGGACUCUUCGAAAGGCACAAGCUGCUGUUUUCGUUCCACAUGUGCAUAAAGAUGCUGGAGAGCCAGGCCGUCGUCAACGGGGACGAAUACAUGUUCUUCCUCAAGGGUGGUGUGGUUUUGGACCGAGAGGAGCAGAUGGAUAACCCUUGCCCAGAGUGGCUGUCGGACUCGGCCUGGGACAACGUGACUGAACUGGAGCGGCUUGCCAACUUCCACGGCGUGAUACAGUCGUUUGAACAGGGGCACCGCGACUGGUACGCCUGGUACACGUCUCCGGAGCCAGAGAAGGCCACGUUACCCGGCGAGUGGGACACCUCCUGCUCGGAGCUGCAGCGGAUGAUCUUCGUGCGCUCGCUGCGCCCGGACCGAGUGAACGUCUGCGUGACCACGUUCGUCGUGCACAACUUGGGCCAGCGGUUUGUCGAGCCUCCCGUGCUCGACUUCCACGGUGUGCUGGAGGACUCUGCCGCCAAGACGCCGCUGAUCUUCAUCCUCUCACCGGGAGUGGACCCGACCACGGCCCUGCUCCAGCUGGCUGAACAGAACGACAUGAUGGAGCGCUUCCACAGUCUCAGUCUGGGUCAGGGUCAGGCACCCAUUGCCACACGAAUGCUGGAGUUGGGUAAGCGCGACGGCGGUUGGGUGUUCCUGGCCAACUGUCACCUGUCGCUCUCUUGGAUGCCCGAGCUUGACAAGAUGGUGGAGGAGAUCCAGGAUGGUGGUGCUCACACCGAGUUCCGGCUGUGGCUCAGCUCCAGCCCGCACCCGGACUUCCCCAUCUCGAUCCUGCAGAACGGCAUCAAGAUCACCACCGAGCCGCCCAAGGGUAUCAAGGCCAACAUCAAGCGGCUGUACCAGAACAUGACUGAGGCGCAGUUCACGCAGUGUCCGCGCCAGAGUACCUACAAGAAGCUGCUCUUCUCUCUCUGCUUCUUUCAUUCCGUGCUGCUGGAGCGGCGCAAGUUCCAGCAGCUCGGCUGGAACAUUUUGUACGCUUUCAACGACUCCGACUUCGAGGUGUCCGAGUCACUCCUCAACAUUUACCUGCGCGAGUACGAAGAUCCUCCGUGGGACGCGCUCAAGUACCUGAUCGCCGGUGUCAUGUACGGCGGCCAUGUGACCGACGACUGGGACCGGCGCCUGCUUAUGACGUACAUCAACCAGAUGUUCAAUGACGAGGCGCUCACCGUCACCUACUACAAGCUGUCGUCGCUGCCGUAUUACUACAUCCCGCGAGACGGCCACCUCUCCUACUAUCAGGACUUCAGCAACAGUCUGCCGACCGUAGACCACCCGGAGGCGUUCGGUCAACACCCGAACGCCGAUAUCGCCAGCAGCAUCGGCGAUGCGCGCACCCUCUUCGAGACGGUGCUGUCGCUGCAGCCGGCAGUGGCAUCCGCCUCCGACGGACAGAGCUCCGACGACAAGGUCAUCGGGCUUGCCAACGACGUGCUCACAAAGAUGCCGGACUUGAUUGACUUUGAGAACACACAGAAGAUCAUUUCCAACGACCCCUGUCCACUGAAUGUUGUACUUCUUCAGGAGAUCCAGCGUUACAACGCUCUCAUGGUAAUCAUCCGACGGUCUCUGGAAGAUUUGAAGAAGGGAAUCAAGGGUUUAGUGGUGAUGUCCUCUGACCUGGAGGAGAUAUUCAUCUGUGUGCUGGAGGGAAGAGUGCCACCGCCGUGGCUCAAAACGUACCCGUCUCUGAAGCCGCUCGGCUCGUGGACGCGGGACCUGGUGCAGCGGGUCGAGCAGUUCGCCGGCUGGUCGGAGCGUGCUCGGCCGCCGCAGGCCUUUUGGCUGGCCGCCUUCAGCUUCCCGACCGGCUUCCUGACGGCUGUGCUGCAGACGGCUGCCCGUCACCUUCACCUCAGCGUCGACUCGCUCGCCUGGGACUUCCACGUGAACAAUCAGAAUGACUCCGUCAGUCCUCUGCAGCCCCAUGAGGGCGUGUACAUCUGCGGCAUGUACCUGGAAGGUGCCGGAUGGGACAUCAACGGCCGCUCGCUGGUGGAGGCUGCUCCUAUGCAGCUCGUUACCCCCAUGCCCGUCAUCCACUUUAAGCCCAUGGAGAACAAGAAAAAGAGCGGCAAAGGUCUGUACGUGUGUCCCUCCUACUACUACCCCAACCGGUCAGGCACCGGCAACUACCCAUCGUUCGUGGUGGCUGUGGAGCUGCGCUGCGGCGAGUCGCCUGCCGACCACUGGAUCCGCCGCGCCACUGCCCUGCUGCUCAGCCUCUCUGACUAGCUGCCAGAGCGGAGAGGGCCACCACCGGGCACUGCUGGGCGCCGGGCACCGCAGCGAGUCCCCCGCCGACCACUGGAUCCGCCGCGCCACCGCCCUGCUGCUCAGCCUCUCUGAUUAGCUGCCAGAGCGGAGAGG